AUGACCCUCGUAUCAGAUAUUAAACUGAUAAGAACAGACACUACACUUGAUCUUAGCCAAAAGGCCGAGAAAGUAAAGAAAGUUGUUAUUGAUCGUUUAGUAGCUGAGAUUAGUUUUUAUAUAGUUGUAGAUAAUAUUACUUCAUUGACGAAAUGGAAAAACAAUCUUGCGAAAAUAUGUUGA